AUGUCUAAUGUUAUACAAGGAACUCAUUUUCGUGGUUCUAUGAUAUCAUGGCGUAUAGUUGAGGAAUCAUCUUCCACCGUACUUGUUGAAAUUCUGCAACGUUAUGCAUGGCGAUACACGUUUUAUACUCCACUCUGUACAGAUGCAACUAUUGCGAAUGGACAACCUAUUUUAGGCAGUAAUGGUUAUGAUAUCGUUUGCGUCAGUAAUUGUCCAACAGGUUUAACAACACUUGGAGACGUUCUAGUUCCUUGUACCGGUUAUAAUAUUGGUGAACAAUAUGCAAUGGGUGAAGGUCGUUUCACAUUAAAUAUUCCAACAAAUGAAAAUUUUAUAGCUGCAUUUAGUAAUGCGGCUUGGUUUGAUCUUGUUACAGGAACCAGUUUGGGAUGGAGUGUUGCUGUUCAAAUUCAAACAUUUAAAAGAGUCGAUACUGGAUGGUAUAAUAAUGCACCUGUUGUUACCAUGUUACCGAUCUAUCGAUUAAGAAAUUCAAUCAGUUACUCUAUCAAAAUUAACGUGGCUGAUAAUGAUUUUGAUCCAUAUAUUUGUUUUUGGUCUGAAGGUUCUACACAAUGUGGUGGACUUAGUAAUAGUGUACCUGGUGGUAUUGUUGAUAAUUAUGGAUGUUAUCUAAACUUUACACCAAAUAUUGCUGGGUACUAUGCAGCUGCUUUGACAGUAGAGGACUUCAUUAUACUGCCGAUCAAUAUAUCAUCAAGUGAUUAUCUUUCACAAGUACCUAUCCAAUUCGUGUUUCAUGUUUACGACUCUCCUGACCCUUGUUUUGAUGGACCAAUCUAUAUAGGUGAUCUCGUACCAGAUAUUUGUAUCUAUAUUCCAGUAGGUGUCACUUAUACUACUCGUGUUCGUUUCAAAGUUCAAUGUAUUAAUGCCACUGUUGAUAGUAUCAUUAGUGCUAAUCCAACUGGUUUAUCAAUUACGCCUGUUCAACAAGACCCAUUUGAUCCUACGAUUUUUGCUUUUCUUGCUAAUUUUACAACAAAUGCUCAACAAGUAGGACAAAAUCUCUUUUGUUUCUCUGCUGUGGAUUCGAUUGGAAAUCAAGGAGAUUCAGCUUGUCUUCGUUUUACAGUGUCUUCACAAACAUCUAGUCUUCAAACAUUAUACAGAUUGAAUGCUACUCGAUAUCCAAUGGGAACAGUCUUGAAAACAACUUCAGUAUGGACUAUUCUCACUGGAACAACAGUUUAUCAACGUCCAACAACAGAAACAUAUAUUCGAUUCAAAAGAACUUCAGAUGAUCUUGAUUUUUAUGUAUUAAAUGCUGUGACUGCAAUUGACAAUGUUCUUUAUUCAAGUGACCGUAUUGUAAUCAAUUCAACAGUUGAAUGGACUCCAGGUGAAUAUUUCUAUAUUUAUUUUGAUGCUGGUGUAUUCGUAGAAGCUAGUACAUGUUCGAAAGAAGCGAUGCCAAUAAGUGAUCCGAACUUUUGGCCAUUUGACAUACCAUAUGAGACGACAACAACAAGCACAAGUUCAACAACAACAACAUCUGUAUCAACAACAACGACAGCACGAACAAUACCAACACGUAGAACUCUCGGAACGUCGAGUACAACAACAUCAACAAGUACCUCAACAACAACAACAAAAAAGGUAUCCACAACAAUUACUUCAACCAGAAAAAUUCGAUUAUCAAAUCCAUUUCCUAUAAGUGCUAUUGUUGGUAUUACUCUUGGAAGUCUUUUCAUUUGUGCAUUACUGAUAUGGAUGAUUUUUUCAAUUAUUCGUGUUGCUUUGAUUCGUUUUCUUCUUCUCCAUUUUGGUCUUCGUCAACAACUGGUCAGCAUUCAUUCAUCAUCAACUCCUGAUUUAUUUUAUGAUUUAACAAAGAAUGAGCAUAUCCCAUCAACAGUCCAAUACAAACUAGCAACACGUCAUCAUCGACGACAAAGCAUAAGCAAAUAUUCGACUAUUAGUAAUGAAACUUCCGUCCAAAAGAAUUUAAUUGAAGUACAAGUAUAA